AUGGUUUCUACAAACAAGGCAUCAUAUCCUAAGUCGACGUUUAAGAAGGUUUUAAAUUCUAAGACAAAAUACAAAUUUAAGAACGAUGAAAGUGACUUAUUGAUCUAUUUACUUUAUGUGGAUUAUGUCAACAAACUAAUGAACAAAGGCCGUGAUAUACAAGAAAGAGCCGGUAGUGCAGAGAUCUCCACAAACCAUUUGGAAUUGGCUAACAAUGAGUUACUGAAACACUACAGAGGCUAG